CUGUUCUGGCUUCACAAGCCGUGCGAAAGAGCCUGGCACGCACCGGAACUCAUCCCCGCUCGACACUGCUGGAUCACGCAUCUGCCCUGGAGCUGCGCGUUGCAGCGCAAGCUGGAAUUGGCACGAGAUUGGAAGCUUUUGCGCAGCAGCAAGUUUUGCAAGAUCAUGAGCUGUCGUCGCUUGGCCCGCGCCUCCGAAUUGCGUGAGCCGCAUCUUGUAAAAGCGAUCCCAGAUUUGUGGACUGAUUCAAGAACACCGUCCUCAUGCAAUCUAUACACCUGCUUGCAUCUCUCGCAGUAUGAUAUCAGACUUUUUCUAUCCGAACAUUGGAGGCGUAGAAGGUCACAUAUACAUGCUCAGCCAGCGUUUGAUUUCGCGCGGACACAAGGUCAUCGUGAUCACGCACGCAUAUGACCCGGAGCGCACAGGGGUGAGGUAUCUGACCUCUGGCCUGAAGGUUUAUCACAUCCCAUUUCAAGUAAUCGCUCGGCAAGACACUUUGCCGCAAUUCUUUGCGCUGUUUCCCGUGCUGCGCAGCAUUCUCCUACGCGAACGCAUCGACAUUGUGCACGGGCACCAAGCCUUGUCGAGCAUGGCUCACGAGGGCAUCUUGCACGCUCGUACGUUGGGCGUCCGCGCUUGCUUUACGGACCACAGCUUGUUUGGAUUCGCCGAUGCCGCGAGCAUCUUGACCAACAAGCUGCUCCGAUUCGCGCUGAGCGAUGUAGACCAUGUUAUUUGCGUCAGCCACGUCGGCAAGGAGAACACAGUGUUGCGAGCAGCUUUGGAUCCACGUAAGGUGUCAGUCAUUCCGAAUGCGGUGGUGGCUUCUCAAUUCACCAUCGGCCCCACUCGAUCGGCUCGUGACGGGCUGACAAUCGUCGUGCUGAGUCGCCUAAUGUAUCGAAAGGGCAUUGAUCUACUCAUUGCUUCCAUACCUCGAAUCUGCGAGAGACACCCGGACGUCCGCUUUGUCAUUGGCGGUGACGGCCCGAAACGUAUCGAGCUGGAACAAAUGCGAGAGCGAUACUUGUUGCACGAAAGGGUAGAGCUUUCAGGAGGUAUCCGACAAGGAGACGUCCGCGAUCAUCUGAUCCGCGGUCAGAUCUUUCUCAAUACGAGUCUCACGGAAGCCUUCGGAACGUCGAUCAUCGAAGCUGCAUGCGCUGGCUUGUACGUUGUCAGCACGAGCGUAGGUGGUGUCCCCGAAGUGCUUCCUCCGUGGAUGCGAGUGCUAGCCAUACCAGACGAAGACGACGUCGUACAUGCUAUGGAUGCGGCAAUCGAGCACGUUAGAUCCGGCAAGCAUGAUCCCGCUGCACAUCACGAAGCAGUCGAAAAGAUGUACUCUUGGGCAGACGUCGCAGAGAGGACGGAGAGGGUCUACCAUACCGCAAUGGCCGCACCUUUUCCAGAUCGGCUCGACCGCUUCCAGCAAUACUACGCAGGCGGCUUCGUCGCUGGCAAGAUUUUCUGCAUCAUCGUUGCCGUAGACAUGCUCUUUUUGGGAUUGCUCGAGUGGUUGAUGCCGGCUCAGAAUAUCGAAAAAGUCGCGGACAUUGUGGAUGAGCAGGAAUGGCGACUAGGCCUGGAGCAGGAUUGCCCUCACCACACUGGUGACUGAAGAAUGCCCUUCCAGGGCUUUCCGGUCACGCUAGAUUUGUCGCCGUCCAGGCACAGCCGAAACGUUGCGGCCUUCAGGCCUGCAAGCACAAAGAGGGAGACGUGCCUCGACCUUGCGCUGAUCGGUAGAUUCAGAUUUCAUUGGAUCGGAAUUCUGCAUCUUCUUAAAACAUGGUGACUUGCAAUGGACACAAACAAUGACAAUCACUUUGUCAUCUCCUAAAAGCUAAAAUGGAACUGUUGACCACCCUGAGCGAAUUGAGAGCCAAAGGGACUUCCACCCUGCUGGAA